UUAGUAGGAGUAGUAGGAGUAGUAUGCCAUGUCGGACACAGCCAGCCUUUACCCCUGUUUUGACUGGCCGCUGAUGUUUCCUGUCGCGUGACUUGACGCAAACUCCGUCGAGCCCCGUCUCAGAUCGAGAGCUGGUGUUGUCGCGUCAACAUCGAAAGGUUUGUACACCACCUUUUCAUUUCCUUAACUCUUUGGUGAUUCGGCGCCUUUUGUUUUGGUCUUUAAGCUCAAAUGUUAAACUUCUGAUUGCGAAGUUUUAACCUGUUACCGCAGUAAGAGGUUAAAACUCUGCAAUCAGCCAGUUUAACGUCCGUGGGUCGUCAAGACUUUGCGAUGGUGUGUCUGUUUUGUCUUCGAUUAUUUAAGACCAAUGUUUGGUUAGUUGAAGAGCUGCACCUGGCAUUAAUUUACAAAGAAGAGGAGAUGUAUAGGAGUAUUUUAAAAGUAAGCGACUCUGAGAAAAGCACUCUAAAAUGUUGUCGGGCCUGUGCCCUGCGCUGUGAGGACAACAUAACUGCCAUUUUGUCUGGGCUCCACGGCAAAGAUGAGCUUUUCCAAAGUCACACUCUGCAGCACUUAUCAUCUUGUAAUGACGCCGCUGGACAAUUGUUUCCCCACUAACAGGUGUGGCAAGAAGUAGGGGAGACCGGGGUUAUUGUCCCUAGGGAGGGUUGUCACGUAGCUCGUUCGUACCAAAUCUUCAGAUUGUGUUGUCAGUGUUAUGUUCAUGUCAAACAUUUGGUCCGAUGAUUAUUUCUGUGUAGCCAAAUGUUGUAUCACCGAAAACACUGAGGUGAGAAGAAAUUUUUUGAAUUUUGUGGACAGGAGUAAUUUUUCGUGCAGUUGAUAUUUUGGUAUGAAAAGUUUCAAGAUGAUGAGCAUACUUACAGACAAACACUGAACAGUGGAACUCAAGCCAGAACUUGAGCCGAGUUUCAGCUUGCUAGAUCAAUCCAUGCGAUAGGUAGCACAGACUCUUUAUGAAGAGGUCAGGUGGGGCAGGUUGUCACAGACCUGCUCAAGUUAGACUGCUUGAUUGUAGCCUACUGCUUGUAGGCUACAACCAGGGCCAUUUCUGGAACCCAUGGUAUUUGUAAUUUCAACUGUUUUGCAAAAGUAAAUAAUAGGGGUUGACCUUUAUGGGUUUUUGAAUGGAUGAUACUCACAUUUACAGAAGCUGAUGUCAGGUUUAGUUUUUUUUGUUUUUACAUUUUUUUUUACAAAAUAACACUAACUGCAAGAUCUGUUGACUGAGUAAUUCACAAAAGAGUAAAAAAGGUUCAACUAACCACGCUGAAUACCCAAACUGGGCCGGCAUGUUUCUCUUGAGGGUUCACACUUUCCACACACAUGUUCACUCAAACAUGUGACCUGGCAAAUGCGUGCAGCCUUACAGAAGAGCUGAUAAGAUAUUAUGUGUGAGUUUGUUUCUCUAUGCUGGCACUAAAAUUAUAACGAAAACUCUCAUUUGACAUGUCUGCAUGCCUUGCAUGGAUCACCACAGUGGAUUCAAUCCAGUAACCGUUCAUGCAUGAGUGUUUGAUGGAAGAUGGACAGAGGUGGAGUUCUCAAGAAGAAGAAGAAGAAGAAGAAGGGUGGAGCAGAGAGGGGGGCAGACAGGAAAAGAAGGGCCCUGCACUGCAAAUCAACCAAAUGUUUGCAUGCAUUGCACCACCAGGUGAGUCAAGAGAAAAACCAAAAGGGAAUCUAUUUGACUGUUACAGCUAACAGCUUAUGUAAGGCUUGGCUGUGCCCUUUUCAGUUCUGUGUUUAAGAUAAAAGUAUAGAACUUAAGUGAUUUGUCUAAAUAUAGAAGCAAUUUUAAAAGCUGAGAAGAGAGAUAUGUGUACUAAUCAAGAGCAACCUGAAGGUACAACACUGUGUUUAACAUUAAAUUGAUAUAACCUAGGCUAUGUCAAAUCAUUCAAAUAUGUUUGUUUUCAUCAUGUGUGCUUUGAUCAAUAACAUGGAUUAUUAGUAAACUGAGACUCUUAUGGUGCUCUUUGUCCUUUGAGUAGGUGGAGGGGGAAGCAGUGGUGGUUUGAGAUACGAUAAUUAUUUGAGGUUCAUAACAGCUCAUUAGCAGUUUGUUACUAACAGCUACUAACUAACAUCAGAAGUAGGAAUACAGGAAAUGUUUUGCUGGAAAAGGUGGCCUGGAUGAGGCUUUAUGACCACUACAAUAAUUAGUUAAAUACAAAAUUCUAUGGAACACCCUUUUUAUGCCAUUUGUUGUGCACCAUGUCUAAGGUGCAUCAGUUGAGAAAGGGUGCAUUCUAAACAGAUGAGUCUACUGGAGUGAAAAACAUGCCAGUUUUACCUCCUUUUCUCGAGCCUUGUCCUCUGCCAAAUCAUAUGCAGGUGGAUUCAUUUGUUAAUGUUAAGAUGAUUUUUUUAUAUCCAGGCAUAUAAAAUCAAGAUUUAUAUAUAAGAAAGGAAUCUCUUACAAGUGCUUUUCCAGCUUUAACCAAAGUAUGACUGCGAUUACAUGCAUGUAUAAAUUUACUGCAUAUUUGAGAUAUGAUACAUUCUCUCCUAUUGAUCAAAAGGACUCAUGCAUCCUCAUGCAUGUCCAUCCACUGACUAUAAAGUGAGGGCAAAGUUGUAAUUGUCCAAAUGUUCCCCCUCUCUUUGUCCCAGACUGCAGAACUUGGACGUCGUUUUACACUGUAGAAACUCAACUCAUGGCAAGUCUGGUUCUGAACAUAGUUGCAGAUUUGCACCCGUGCACAGAUAAAGGAGCACACAGACUUUUCCUUACAGAUGUAGCCCACUCUUAGAAAUCCAUAUCUUGUGGCACGACUUGUUUCCUUUAAUUCUUCUGGAUGAAAUAGUGCUUCAAACUCUCUCGAGUCCAUGGAUGAAGCCCUGCGUGCGUGGCACCAAAGGGGUUAAAAUUGUGCGCUGGCACAAUCUGCUGGAUCGCUGUGGAAUAGUGAACUUUAAAGCCUUUGUGAUCAAGUGACUGUACAGAAAGGUUGCUAUUUGUUGUUUUGGUGCCUUAAACACACAGUGAAAAAAAAAAACAUGUUUUUAAAGAGAGUCUAUCGUCCGCAUUUCAGACAAACAAAGAUGGAUGGAGCUAAAAUGUGUCAAUAGAGUUCUAUGGGCAACACAUUUUUUUGAUUUGAAGAAAAAUAAAAACUAAAAAAAUAGAAAAAUAAAAGCUAAAUUUGAUGCUUAAAGCUUUAAAAAUGUGACUGUGAGCUCAAAUAAUGAUAAUAGAAAUGAUAAAUGUCCUCAAAACAGACAUUAAAGGAACCAAGAGUUAAUUAUUUUUUAAAAGGGUGUGUGUGAAGUCUUACAUGGACAGGGGUAUCAUAAUCAGUACAAGCAAUUUGAUUUGUAGUCGCUAAAAACCUAUUACAUUGAAAGCACUGUGAGGAGUUUUUGAGUGGAAGGCUUCAGAUGUGAUCUGAUGCUGGGGGCUUUUAAAAACCUUCAAAAGAAAACAAGACCAUAUUUGAUAAGGCUGAAUUUCUCAUUACAAUGCCUGAAACUACUGUAAAAGACUAUGAUGUUGCUGAUGCUUGCUCAUCGAACAUCCUAUAUUGAGUGCACAUUAAAACACUGGAUCCAGGAUUCAGUUUGACGGUUUAUUUGCUCGUCUUCAGUGGAUGAUUUUUUCUGUACAAUCAAAAGGAAUAGAAACAAGAUGUAUCAACAUAAAAUAUUACAAAAAAGGGGGACUGAUAAAGUCAAAUGAAUUGUAAAUUGGUUAACUAAUCUUACAUCAUAGAUGCAUCCACUUCAGGGCUUUAAAUCAAUACAUAUGCGUUUUAGGGUGACAGGAAUCUAAAGAAAUAAUAUUUGAGAAUAAACCAUAUUAGAAACAAUACAAAUAAGGAGAAUACAACAACAUUUGGUAAGGCUUUGUCCGUUUCACACUCACAUUCAGACUCCCUUUGUUCAGUGCUGCUCUUGUUCAGGAUGCAAAAGGGAGAGCAGGCCUGAGGGCUGGCUUUUAUGGUGUUGGGGCUGUGGUUUGGCGUUGAGUGACAGGGGAGUCAGGUAUGGAGAUGGUGAGGUGAGAAUUUGGGAUUUAACAACUACCAUGCCCAUCAUCUGGUUGUAGGUAAACUGGUGUCUGUGCUAAUCAUGUGCCAUCAUGAGUAAUGUGUGCAUUCUUUCUCUGCAGGUGUGUCAGUGUGAAAGUGGAAGCUUUUUCAUGGAUCACAGUGAGGACACAGGGGAGGACACCCCCACCUCUAAAAUCCCCUCAUGUGGGACAGGAUCUGAAGCUCAUAGGUCAGAUAAAUGUUUGUUCACCACUCUUCUCUGAGACAGAAAGGGUCAGAUUCAGCAAAGGUUUUGCGUGUAAAACGCAUAUAAACGUCAUAGCACCUAAACCAGGGGUGGGCAAUCAUGUGUCAUGGAGGGCCGAGAGGCUGCAGGUUUUCUGAAAUCACCUGGUGGAGUUUUGGGUUGGAAAGAAAACCUGCAGCCUCUCGGCCCUCCAUGGCACAUGAUUGCCCACCCCUGAUCUAAACAAACAUGCAGCACACACAUUGUCAAAUCAGGGGCCUGUUCUACGAAGCAGGAUUACUGCUUAGCGAGGUAACUUCGAGGGUAAGUUCAGGGUUUCCUGUUCUACGACGCGGGUUUACUUCUUAACGAGGCGAGUCUCCAUGGCAACGUACGCUGAAUAGCUAACCUGCUCCGGGGCAGGUUAGGUUCCAGAUGACCACUGACCAAUGAGCUCUCUCGAAAAAGGGCUUGUCCGUUCUUGAAUGAAUGGGCAUGGGCUGCAUGGGCUGUGUGAUCACAGACAACAUCUCGGUACUAUUUAGUAGCAGUGCACGCCCCUUGUAAUAACCCCCGUAAAUACUGUUGUUCAGGACUGCUUACUUGUGCUUCCUACCCACUGUAACAACCGUUGUUCUAGCCCACAUGCAACAUUUUUGUUCUCAUUCAUGAAACGUUUAAAUCAGGGACAUUUUUGGGGACAGCUUUAGCCGGGGACAGAUCAUCCAAUUCGGGGACCCGGCCCCCGGAAAUCGGGGACGUCUGGUCACCUUAGUUAAAAGCGCAUGUUGAUCAGUGCUAUUGCAGGGUGAUAAUGGCAUCAAAGAUUAAUUUUCUGCCAGCAUUCCUUCCGUGCUUUUGCAGCGGCGACGGUGUUGCUUUUGAGGUUUAUGAUAGUUUUGAAUUCUUCAUACUUUCUCAUGAUUGUCUCCUGCUCCUCGUUUGUAAAGUCCGCAGUCCUUUGCUCUCCGGCCUGCUCUGACGCUCCAGACUGGUCCAUGUUUGCGAUUGGUCAGAUGCGGCGGGCUCCGCCUUACAUGCGUGCACGUGCUCAUAGCAAAGCUGGAUCCACUUUUGAGGUUGAUAACCAGCGUCGUAAGACCGUUUAGCGAGACUGCUGGCUACUGCGCUAAGUUGAACGAGGUAGCUCCAAGGCUACCUCGCUAGGUUGAACUUGCUUCGUAGAACAGGCCCCAGGUGCAUUUGCCCCAAUCAAUACACAUUAUGGAGUGUUUCUGCCUUUGUGUGUGAAAUAGUGAGGGGGAGAAAAUGUAAUGCAGUUUUUCUUUGUUGAUCACCAGCAAAAAACACCAAGAAAACAUGCAGUUUGUUGGCACUGGUUAAGAGGAAUCUCAGUAAAUAAGGCCCAAAGUGUUUGACUCCGAAGUCCAAACAAAAACAUGAAUGUUGUCAGGAGUGUGCAGUUGUGAAACAGAGCUGAACAAAGUAAUCUCAGAUCAAAGAAAUCAUCACAAGAAAGUGACAUGACAGUUUCAAGAUGACUCACGCAACAGGAAUGUAGGUGGUGAAUCCUUCCUUCUUGAUAUUCCUCACUUCUGUCUGCUUUAUUUCUGUCUUUCUACAUUUGGUCCUGUCUGACCACCUCCUCAAUCUGGUCUUGUGAUUAGAUGUAGCUGGUUGGUGGCUGCUCUUAUGUCAGUUAUGUAAUGGAUUAUAGAUAGUUGGCAUGUGAUUAUGAGAAAUUUCCACAGGGAAGUGGGCAGCAGUGUGUGUGUUAGCGCUGAGCGAAGACAUGCACAUAAGUGAUCUUGCUGGUGGGGUGAUGAAACUGAUGUGAUGCUUUUUCCUCUGAACAAAACACAAAUGUAACUUAGCGAAGAAAAGCACAAAUCCCUCAGACCGAGAUGCUUAGCUCUCUUUUUUUCCGGGGACAAUCUAAUUUUAUGCUCUGCGCCUGUAUGUAGAUGACCUCUGAUAGGACUUUUAUCAGUGGAUGUCCUCCACAUUUGCCUUCUUGUCUUUGGUUCUAACUCUCCUCCUCCAGCAUUUACUGUCUCUCCUUAGCUGUCCUAGCUUACAAAGCUUGAAACCAAAAAAGAAAGAGAAAAAAAAUGUAAUGGGCUUUUCUUUUUUUUUUUAAAGGCGAUGUCUUAAACCAAGCAAUUAUUAAAAUAAUUACACAACCUAAUUUGUCUUCUAUACAGUCAAAAAAUUGACAAACCAAUAAAGUCCACAAGGAGCUGAAAACUUGUCUUCACUUGAGUUUAUGUAGAAAAGUCUCUUGAGUGGAAAAUUAUGACCUGUCAGAAAUCCCCUGGUGUUCCCCUGUUUUUCUCUGCUGCUGUCUUCCUCUUUUCAUGGGUCUGUGUUGUCAGUAUCUGUGUUCUUCUUCACUCUAAACCAAGACAGGAAAGCAUAUGCUUAUAGUUUUGUAAUCGUUGUGUGUACCUGUUGUUAGUCUAAGGUUCCUGUCAUUUGUCUUUCCUAAAAAGAAAAUAAAAACAGUGUUCCUCAGGUCAGUUCAGCGCCGCUAAGCUGAAGCUUCAAACUCUGCAAACACAGUGACAUCUAGUGGCUUUAAGACUGUACAGCAUACAUGGGUCACGUAUCCCUGAUUUUCUUCAUUUAUUUAUUUAUUUAUUUUCAAUUUUGACCAUUUUUGACAAUUUUUGGCAGCAGUUUAAGAUUCACAAAUCUGUUGGGUGUGGUUGUAAGAGCACUGUGGGCUCAUGUCUUCCACCUCUGUGCUAAUAUUUCAUAGGUGCACUAAGUGUCUUGGAGCUGAUAUUUGUUAAAUGACUUUGUUACCUUUAAUACCAGUUGAAUGUGUAAUAAUUAUUAUUACUAUCCAUAGACUUUUCUUCUGAUUUAAACUCAGACUAAUUUCUUUCUUACAGGAGCCGGCUGAGACAAGUCCCUCCUGGACCUCUGUCAGGUUGUUUGUCCAUGAAAAGUGAUCAGUCGAAGGGGGACCCUAUUGCAUUUAGAAAAGCUGACAAUGAAAGGUAAGAAACAGAUAUUUCUUAGUUUUAGUCAGUGUUUGAAGAUAAAACCGUCUACUGAAACUGGAUGUUGGAGUCAUACAGAUCUAGACUAAACAAAUUCUGCUAAAGGCUGGCUGUCUUAGAGCAGAGGUGGACCUGUAAAAAGUCCCUGUGGCAAGAGGAUGGAAGAGAGAUUCAGAAAUACGAUCUGCUGUGUUAACAUAAUAUCAAGGUUGUAUAUUACUUGAACAGGAAAUCACUUAACCGUGAGCUACAACUCGUAAUUGAAACCAAAAAGUUCACUGAAGAUACAAGCUUCAGAGUCUCAGAUACAUCUACUAAUCUCAUAAUUAAACAGUCCCUCCAGGAAUUUGCAAUGUUGCAAUUGCAACUAUUAACGCAAAGUCAACAAAUCACUGUGAAUUCAGCAAGGCACUGCAAUUUCGUCCAUUCAUGGCGAAUUUCCCGUAAAUUUGACCAGUGAACUUAGCCCCCUUUUGCCCACGCCUCUACAUGAUCUGUACGCAGUGGCGCUCCUGUCAUUAGGCAGAGUAGGCGGCUGCUAGGGGCGCCCGCGAGCAGAAAGGGAGGGGAGAAGAAAUUUUUUUUUUUAAUAUAAAUACUUUUUGUUUCGCAAUAUAAAACAACAACAAAAAACACAGCAAUCUAACAACAGUGCAUACAGUCGUAAAGUCUUUAAACAAUGGCUAAAUCAUUUAUAUAUUUGGGCUUAAGUGUCUGUCUACCUGCAACCUGCCUGCAAUUUCGGCACGGUCCCCAAUGGAAUGCACACAGGACAUGACUCCUCCCUGCCCCCCUGCUCUCUCCCUGUAGUCGUACUGUGCUUGCCACUGAGGUAGGUUGGGUUGGUAACUCUCUCUCUGUUUAACUCAACUAGUUACAGCCAGGUAACUUGUAACACAACACACCAGCAGCGCCGCCGUGGCUUAUGCAUUGCCACCACCAGUUCACCACACAGAGAGACCACACCAAGCACAGCCAACAAGGCAAUAAUAAGCCAAGGCAGGCCAGGCAGAGCAGCGUUAACUAUCAUCAUGGCUUAAUGCCUCAGCUGUUAGGCAACAACAUGCUUACUUGCCGAGGCAUAAUGCCUCAGUGCUUGACUUCUCCAAAGUGAAAAGUCAAUUCAUUCAAAGUCGUCAGAUCAUGGCAGUCCAGCAUGUUGCAGAGUGCAGAUCAAAAACAUAACAUACUAGCUUAGUAAAUCGUUGUGUCAAGCCAUUUGCUGAUGUUUUAUUUGAAGUUACAGAUUUAUAGAUUUAAGGGGGAUUUAUUAAGACCCCGUUCCCGCGGCCGGUGUUGUGCCAUAGAAUGCACCCCUGCUGUAGAAUGCCCCCCUGACGGGAGCGCAGUUGAAAGUACACUACAAGGCGAAAUAAUCGUUUUCCUUACCGUUAGACUGAUUCUAAAGCGUGUGCCUUUAAUGAUUUCAUUCAGGCUUUUCAGAUAUGCCGAAAACAACAGCCCUCUGAUUCUAAAUAUUUGCUGCCCCGAAAAUAUAAUGUUCUCUACCUUAACAGCUUACUGUACAGUUUAUAUAUCCAAGUACACCUCUGUAUGUGCAUUUUUUUAAAUACCUAAAAACAGAACGAAAGUUUGCUGCCCCAUUUGACAUGUUGUCAUGAUCCAAUACUCGUGUUUUUUUUUAAAUAUGAGAUCAUUUUUCAUUUUCAUCUAUUGGCUUUUCUUCCUCUUUUUUUCCUUUCUUUUUUGAGCUGAACAGACUCAUGAUUUACACUAAAUUAUCAGUGCAGUGAUGACUGACUGACUCAUCAUGAAGAUAUUUUACAGAUAUUUGCCACUUGUUUCCUUGGCUGAGAUUUAAUGUCAGUGCUGCUGUGUUUUGAGCCCUUUUGUUUUCCUUUGAGGAUGUUGUGGGCUAGAUUGAGGUUGCCCAGGGUAUUUUGUAUAUGGCCCUGUUUAUUGUAGUACAGUUACUACAUAUGCAUAUUGCACUGAAUAUUUGCACUCUUUCUAGUUUACAUACUUUACUAUUAGUAAUUUGCUGUGUUUGUAUUUUUCUAUAACAUUGUAUUUUGUACUAUUACCUUAUUUAUAUUGCAAUUUAUAUUUUUGACACUUGUUUUCCUUGACUGAUGUUAAAUUACAAUGCUGCUGUAUAUGUCUUUUGAGCCAUUUUGUUUUCCUUUGAGGAUUUUGUGGGGUACUGUUGAUUGCGGUUGUCCAGGGUAUUUUGUAUAUGGCUGCUGUUUAGUUUAUUGUAGUACAAUUACUACAUUAUGCAUAUUGCACUGCAACUGCGGUUUUAAAAUUCCAACAACUUGAAGAUACCCUGUGUUCUGUGUGAGUUUAUGAUGAAUAUUUUGUGGUUGGUCUAAUAAGUUGCACAGGGUCGGGUUUGUGGUUGGUCUAAUAAGUUGCGCGUGGGGGGCCACCAGAAAUCCUGCCUAGGGUGCCAAGUUGCUUAGGAACGCCACUGCCUGUACGUCAUCAUAUUUACUUGUUUACAUUGAGGAGAUGAAGACGUGCGACAUGAAUCGCUCACAUUUACCAACAAAUAUCUCCACCAAAGUCCAUGCAAGUCAAUUUCCAGAUGUGUUACAUGAAAGCGGAGGUAAACUCUUCUGCACUGCACUGCCUGCAAUAUUGUGGUGCAACACAUGCGAAAGUCGUCGCUCGACAGACAUUUUUUAACUGCAAAACAUGUUAGGAGAACAGCUGAAACUUAAAAGAGGACAGACGAGACAAGUCACAAUGACAGCGGCUGUUUCAUCCAGAGCAAUAGCAGUGGCUGAAAGGGUCAAGGUAUGUGUGGAAUCCACACUGUGGAUAUACUCUUUAAAGCAAUAUAAGUGAUAUAUGCUUUCAUUUAUGUAUCAUCUAGUGUGCGCGUGCGUGCGUGCGUGCGUGUGUGUGUGUGUGUGUGAAAAUAGUAAUUCAACUUGGUGCUUACAUUUACACUACAGGCUUAAAGUUUGGAAGCAAGAUCGGAUUUGUACAAAAAAGAUCAUAGUUUCAUAUAAUUUGCAACACAAUAAACAUGACUAUUGUGUAAAGAGUAACUUAUCAGAAGACAUUUUGACUAUAAUUAUUAGGUAUUUGAGUUAUUGUUGCUUAGACUUUGCUUUCUUUAAAGUAACCUCCUCUGGCUUUAACAAGAGUUUGGCAUAUACCAGGCAUUCGUUCCACAAGUUUUCUAAGGUAUGUUCCAGGGAUUGUAUUCCAAGCUUUCUUAAGUUCUUUAAAAAGAGACUGCUGAUUCGUGGGACGCGUUUUUCUGACCGAUCAAUCCAAUUCAUCCCGCACAAGCUCAAUUGUAGAAAGGUCUGGAGACUGAGGGGGCCGAACCAUAUUUUGAAGAACACCUUCCUCUUCUUUUUUUGUCUAGGUAACCCUGACAGAGCUUGGCAGAGUGCUUAGGGUCAUUGUCUUGCUGCAAAACAAACUUAUGAGCCACAAGUCUGAGUCCAGAUGUAACAGCAUGGUGCUGGAGGAUGGAGUGGUACUGUUCCUUCUUUAUGAUACUCUUUACUUCAAACAAAUCUCCUUCUCCAUCACCUGCAAAACAUUCCCAUACCAUGGAACUACCACUUCCAUACUGAAUUGUGGGUGUAACACAUGGUGCUUUCAGACGUUCACCAGUUUGUCUGCGGACAUAGACUCUGUGUUUUGAACCAAACAGUACAAACUUGUUUCUCGUCAUCAUAAGUCCAAUUUUUGUGAGCUUUGGCCGACUCAUAUCUCUUGUUCUUGCUCUGUGGACGAAGUUCUGUUUUUUUGCAGAUACACAACCCUUCAGACCAGCCUUUCUCAAACAUCUUUUCACGGUUGUCAGAGAUAUGGGUUUCGACCUUAUCAUGUUGAUUUCCUCCCUUAUUUGUGGUGCUGUCUUUUGUCGAUCUCUCUUACUGGUGACAAUGAUGUGUUUAUCCUCUGCUUUUGUAGUAACUCUCUUUCGUCCAGGUAUUUUUCUAUCAUCAUGACUUCCAGGUUCCUCUCGUCUCUUCAGGAUGUAGUGGACUCCUUUGUUAAACACCUUUAGGCGUUUUGCAAUUUCUCUUUCUGUGUACCCUUCUUUCCUCAAUGUACAAAUCUGUGCUUUUGUUUCUUUACUCAGUUGCUUCUUUCUAGCCAUUUUUGCGGUAGUUUGAAUGCAGUUGAGAUUUAUUAGGAUUUUUGUAUGCAGACUCUGAAAAGCCAAAAAGUUGAAGUGAAUAAUCCAACUGUGAUUUUUUUUUUUUUGCUUUUGCACUGAAGUUGUGACUCUUGCAAAUGUUUUCAACCCUAAAACUAAGCCCUUAUUAUCUUUUGCUGACAAAUAUUUAGCAAUGGUCUGUUAACAUCAAUGUAUAUCUAAAGGUAAAUGGAGUGAAAUGGUGCAUUUCCAUGAAAGCAACAUCUGAUCAUGGAGUAAAUACAUCCCAAAAUACAUAAAACUCAUGCUGGAUUUUAAAAAAAGCAUUGUAAACAAAAACUUGAAGUUACUCCCAACUGUUCAGCUUGUAAUGGUCUUGCUUCCAAACUUUUGGGCUGUAGUGUAUGUUUUUCUAAAUUAUAAGAUAGAAUGCAACCCAAGUUUGGCUGCCCUGUGUGCUGGUCUCUCUGUGUGGCUGUGAGUCUCUGUGCAUGCCUGUCUGUCUCUCUGUGUGGCUGUCUGUGUUUCAGAUAUCACCCAGAGAUUCAGAGCACUCUGUGUGGAAAAUAUCAUGCAUUAAUCUCACGGUUUAAGGCUAAAAACUCACAAAAGACUGCAGUAGCUAAUUUGCAAUUGCCCUUGUUCCUGUGAUUUUAGUAAAAGAAGGCUCAAAUGAUCGCAACUUGCAAUGCUUUCGAAAAGCUGCCACAAAAUCAGGCAUUUUAGGCCACAACAAUCACAAACAAAGCCUGCGAAAUCCUGAAGGGACUGAUUUAGUCUGUCAUUAUUUUUUUUUCCCGUAACCAAAGAAGUCCUUGGCUGAUGAUGAAAGGUGAUAAACAGAGAAGUUUUGUUUAGACUAAAAAAUUUCUAUCACUUUUGUACUAAAACUGGAUGUUUAUCUAAAAUGGGUGUGUUUCAGGCUCCAGCAGAGGAUACCAGAUUCUUCUAAGCCCAGCUGCAUGUCCCUCAAGUCUGACCAGUCCAAAGAAGGAUACAUUUACUUUGAAAGAGGAUCUCCAUCCCCUGGACAGAUGUAAGUUCAGUUGGUGACUGGACUGAACUAGGGCUGGAACAGUUCCAGGCUGUCUGCAUUUACACAACUUUGGGCAUGCAGGUCAUUGCAUUUGCAAUGUGCACAUAACUAUGGACAUAAUGGCUAAUGGAUAGAAGCUCUGAAUCCAUGAUGCUCAUGCCUAACCAUCAUUUUCCAGCUCUAAAACGCUGACUCUAAUCACAUUCAGCUACAUUUGAAAUAAAUUAGAUCAAUUAAACUGUGACCUGACUCUUGCACUACACUUCAACUGGCCAUUGACGCUCCUCCUGGGAGUUGCCCUUCGCUGUCUUUAAAGAAAAAGUUUAAGUCUCAUUCUUUUACAACGAACAGUUUUCUUGGUGCUUUUUCAAGCAAACCUUACAGCCUGGCAGCAGUCCAAGAGUUUUCUUUGUGUCACUAUGCAGAGGUGUGCCAGACUUUGUGACUGGGGUGGCACUGUGGGGGUGGCCGGGGGCAUCUGUGCAUGCAUAUUAUCAACGAUUUUAUCAACUCUUUCUGUUUUAGUUUUUUGCUCCGAACACAAUUAUCCAAGUCUUUUAUAAUAUUCCAGUGUAUGAUUUUAGUACAGUAAUAUAUUAUAAGUAAAGCUGCAUUGGCAAGUCUAAUGGACUUUAAGUAUAUUUGUCUAGGCUUUGUAAUAAGAUGCAAUAACAUAAUCCUGUUUUUGUUCCCAUGACAGGGGCAUUUGCAUUGUUACAGCAGUAAUGCCAAAUAUACAUUAAAUGUGAAGAAGUUAUUGAGCAUGAAAAACUUUAACUAUCUGAUGAAGUGCCAGAAUAAUCUGGAAAGUAAUUGGUUACUAAAGAAAUCAAUUACUGCAGCUUUAGACUGGAGAUGCUGCUGUGAAAAACCUGCAGUCUCAGAGCGGGAGGAUCUGACAAAGAUGCCCAUGGGGUGGCCAGACACUUGCAAAAAUCUUUGGGUGGUAAAAAUAUGAGCAGAUGUAAUCACAAGACCAGGGUUUACUCUUUUUGUCAGUCAUAGUUUAAAACUGAAACCAAACAAUAUCAAGAUUGCACAUCUGGGAAAGGUCAGAAAAUUAUGUUUCCAGAGGAUCAUGAUCAAUGAACUGAAAAGGUUCGGCUCAAUUUGGCAUGAUACAAUACUCAUAUGUUCUCAUUGACACUGAACGGUGGAGCUAGAUACACAACAAAGGGAGAAGGGAUCAUACUGGGUCAUAUCGCUCUAAACUUGUUAUUUGACCAGGGAAUUUACACACCUAAGUGUAUUUUAUCCUUGUCUGUUCAAGAGACACUGGCUGAGCAGUGAGAAGAGCACAGACAUGGAUGAAUGGGAAGAAGGACAAGUUUGGACAAAAAGAAGUACUUCCUGUAGCCUGAUCUCACUUAGUAAUUAACAGCUUACCUGCUGCCAACGCAUUUGAACUCAAAAGUGCACUGUACGCCAUAUGACGAGUUUUGCAAGUUAUAAUUUUUUUUACUGAAUAGAUGUGCUGGACCCAACUUGAUGACUCCUUUUGUUUCUGUGUGAAAAAAACUCAGACAGGGAGAGGGGAAAGGCUCAGGGCCCAGGGGAUGCUCUCAGGACUUAAGAGAACCAAGAGGACUUAAUGAGUAGCUACAAACUCCUGAGGAUUCUGAGUCAAGCUUUCCCUCUCCAUGGAGUCAUUUGAUUUACAUGGAAAUACUACUAAAUGGAUGUCUACCUCGUCUUUUUCUCUGUGAGGUGGGGUAGAAUAAAUGAUAAUUUCUUAUCAUUUUUUCAUAGACCUACCCAGCACAGCCCGGAGAUUCCCAAUGGAGAGGCUGCCCAGCAGGAUCAGUCAUGCCUAGACUCCAUUUUUAUGGUAUGUGCAUAUGCACAAACUGCUUUUAAACCUGUUUUCCUCACAGUUAUUCCUCAUCUGCACUUUCACACACCAAUGAGUGUUUUCAGCUCAAAUUAGUUUGUUCCAUGAUUUUUGUUUGACUGUGUUCAUUCCAUAUUUUGUUUCAGCUGCUGGGGGCAAAUAUUAUGACUUUUGUUGAAGAUGAGCUGAAACAAACCCAAAAGGCUUUGAGUUCAGACAACACAGAGUAUUCAGAGAAUCCGAGGGAGAAAGAGGAGGAAGAGCAGGAAAGGAGCAACAAAGCAGCCCUAAGGAAGAUUAUGGUGAACUUCCUGAGGAGGAUGGAGCAGGAGGAGCUGGCUGACUGUCUGCAGAGCAGUAAGAGGAUUAAUAAUGAUAAUAAUGAUAAUAAAGUCAGGUAGGGAUGGGAAUCAAGAAUGGGUUUUUGUUGAGAACCGGUUCCAAAUGGUUCAAUCCAUCGACAUUAUUUACAUUUUAUCUUAAUGAUUCCUAUCUUCCUGGUACCUUGAAAAAUGGUCUUGCGAGUGCCAGUCUACGCAAACAAAAACAAAAACAGAGACAGAGAAAAAAACAUGGCAGAUGGUACAAAAAGUAGGCAGAAAUGAUCUAAAGCGUGGCUUCAUUUUACAAAGAAAGAUGGAAUCAGCGCAACUUUCAACAUAUGUGGAGCAGUGAUAACAUGCAAAGGUGGAAACACCAGCAACAUACUUAAACAUUUGUCAGUGGGGCAAAGCAACAAAUAUAAGGAGUCAUAUGUAUUCGAUACUCUCCGCCGGUCGUCAGCCACUGCUGCUCCGUCUCAGCACGGCAUGGAAGGUACAUUGUUUGGGUGAAUAUACGUCCUCUUUUACUAGGACAUAUCCUCUUUUUGGGGGGGCUGUCCAGGGGGAGUUUAUAAAAUUCUUUAAAUGUCCGGAACAUGUAUUCAUUCAAUAUAAAACUGAUGCAACGCACGCAUGCACUUUCUUUGGGAAUUCAGAAUACACGCUUCUCUGAGUUAGAAGCGCAUAAAAAACACUCGACCCAACCUAAAAAACCCUCAAAAUUUCACACACAAGUCCGCCCUGCAUAGUAGUUUUCUCUUUUUGGGGAUUCAGAAUAUGGUCACCUUAAUGUAUGUCCUGUGUUAACAUAAGCACAAUGCAUGCCAGACUUGACAAAGUAUUAUGUUUUUGACUUAAUACCAACCAAAGUAAAUGUUGAUGACAUACAUCUUUUUCUAUUAUGAGAGACGCAAUUAAAUUUUGAGUUAAUGGUGAAAACCUAUAAUCUACUUUUUUUUAAAUCAAAGAAAGGCAUUGAUAAGGGAAUCGCUAAGGAAUUGAAAUGGUAAGCAGAAUCGAUAAUGGCAUUGAUAUCGAUAAAAUCUUGUCAAUUCCCAUCCCUAAAGUCAGGUAGGUGUAAAUGAUAGAACAUGACCUUUGGCAGUCUGUGCAUUGAGUAAGAGUGUGCAGUUUGGCCACUCUGCUCCUGCUUGUCAGAGUUAACUUAUUCAAGUAACACUCUGCAUGUGUACAUGUUGUUUAAAAAUGUAUGUCUUGUCUGAGUCUGACUGAAACUGGACUUUUAAAAAAUCGCGUGAACACGUUUGUCCGACUGAAAUCUCCCUUAAUCAAACUUCGUAAAGUCGAACUUGCAUUCUUGGAUAAUGUGGUGGGGGACCGUUUUUCUCUGUCAUGUAUAUGCUCAGUUGGACAAAAACUGGCCUAGGUGUUCUGAGUAUGCUCCAGUGUUCACACGCAAGUCUUUGAGCCGGGACUUGAAUAGCAUGUACACACGUGGACAAAAUUGUUGGUACCCCUCAGUUAAAGAAGGAAAAACCCACAAUUCUCACUGAAAUCACUUGAAACCUACAAAAGUAACAAUAAAUAAAAAUUUAUUGAAAAUUAAAUAAUCAAAAUCAGCCAUUACUUUUGAAUUGUUGAUUAACAUAAUUAUUUAAAAAAAACAAACUAAUGAAAUAGGGCUGGACAAAAAUGAUGGUACCCAUAACUUAAUAUUUUGUUGCACAACCUUUUGAGGCAAUCACUGCAAUUAAACGAUUUCUGUAUUUGUCAAUGAGCGUUCUGCAGCUGUCAACAGGUAUUUUGGCCCACUCCUCAUGAGCAAACUGCUCCAGUUGUCUCAGGUUUGAUGGGUGUCUUCUCCAAAUGGCAUGUUUCAGCUCCUUCCACAGAUGUUCAAUGGGAUUCAGAUCUGGGCUCAUGGAAGGCCACUUUAGAAUAGUCCAACGCUUUUCUCUCAGCCAUUCUUGGGUGUUUUUGGCUGUGUGUUUUGGAUCGUUGUCCUGUUGGAAGACCCAUGACCUGCGACUGAGACCAAGCUUUCUGACACUAGGCAGCACAUUUCUCUCCAGAAUGCCUUGAUAGUCGUCAGAUUUCAUUUUACCUUGCACACAUUCAAGACACCCUGUGCCAGAUGCAGCAAAGCAGCCCCAAAACAUUGCUGAGCCUCCUCCAUGUUUCACCGUAGGGACAGUGUUCUUUUCUUCGUAUGCUUGGUUUUUGAGUCUAUGAACAUAGAGUUGAUGUGCCUUACCAAAAAGCUCCAGUUUGGUCUCAUCUGUCCAAAGGACAUUCUCCCAGAAGCUUUGUGGCUUGUCAACAUGCAUUUUUGCAAAUUCCAGUCUCGCUUUUUUAUGAUUUUUUUUCAGCAGUGGUGUCCUCCUUGGUCGUCUCCCAUGAAGUCCACUUUGGCUCAAACAACGACGAAUGGUGCGAUCUGACACUGAUGUACCUUGGCCUUGGAGUUCACCUUUAAUUUCUUUGGAGGUUGUCCUGGGCUCUUUGGAUACAAUUCGAACGAUCUGUCUCUUCAAUCUGUCAUCAAUUUUCCUCUUGCGGCCACGUCCAGGGAGGUUGGCUACUGUCCCGUGGGUCUUGAACUUCUGAAUAAUAUGAGCCACUGUUGUCACAGGAACUUCAAGCUGUUUAGAGAUGGUCUUAUAGCCUGCACCUUUAAGAUGUUUGUCUAUAAUUUUUUUUCGGAUGUCCUGGGACAAUUCUCUCCUUCGCUCUCUGUUGUCCAUGUUCAGUGUGGUACACACCUUUUCACCAAACAGCAGAGUGACUACUUGUCUCCCUUUAAAUAGGCAGACUGACUGAUUAUGAGUUUGGAAACACCUGUGAUGUCAAUUAAAGGACACACCUGAGUUAAUCAUGUCACUCUGGUCAAAUAGUUUUCAAUCUUUUAUAGAGGUACCAUCAUUUUUGUCCAGCCCUAUUUCAUUAGUUUUUUUUUUUUUUAAAUAAUUAUGUUAAUCAACAUUUCAAACGUAAUGGCUGAUUUUGAUUAUUUAAUUUUCAAUAAAUUUUUAUUUAUUGUUACUUUUGUAGGUUUCAAGUGAUUUCAGUGAGAAUUGUGGGUUUUUCCUUCUUUAACUGAGGGGUACCAACAAUUUUGUCCACGUGUGUAUGUGUUUCUAGGAAGCUGAGUAGUAAACAGAAUCUCGACAGAUGAAGAGAGUAUGUUUGUACGUUGAGGCAGUUUUAUCUUGUCUACAAAUGGUAUAAAGCUGUUAAAAGGAUGGUAUUUUUAUGAUGUACAUGCUCUUAGCCUCUUGCUAACCUGUUUUGCAGAUUGUUUUGAUAUGUAAUACUUCAGUUGGGAGAUGACCUGAUAGUUCCAUCAAGAAAGGGGGCAUGUCAUCACCUACUGUAGCAGAGGCGGACAUAAUUCUGUCUAUAGUUUAGAUUUUUGCCCAGUGCUUGUAAACUGAAACAAGGACAGUAGUCCAGGCAUGUAAAUGUACUGACUGGCAGUCAUAUUGAGAGAGUCCAGUGUUUGAUUUCUGCUGUUAUCAACGACAAGUCCAAAACAACUUCGCAACUAAUGCUGGUUUGGAGAGCUGGGUGACCCCUUAGAUUUAAAUUUGGAUUACGAUUUUGGCUCCUCAUGCUAAAAAAAAAAAAGGUAAUCAAAACAGAAUCUGAACGUGCCACCCUGUGUGUCCUCUGUUCCAGCCCGUAUAUUGAUGUUUUAAGAUGUUACAGAAAAUCUCUUAAAGACAGAGUGAUUGGUGAGACUUGCAGCCUGUGAUCAAAUGUAAGCAGAACCAGAGCUGAAAUCUUUAUAUUCUUUUCUGACACAGUGUAAAAAUAUUGUGUGUUUCUUUAGGAUUCCCUGAUCAAGACUGUUUGCACCGUAAACUGAAAUCUAACCUGAAAGAGAAGUUCCAAUGUGUGUUUGAGGGGAUUGCUCAAGCAGGAAACCCAACCUUCCUGAACCAGAUCUACACAGACCUCUACAUCACAGAGGGAGGGACCCCUGAGAUUAACAACAAGCAUGAAGUCAGACUGAUCGAAACCGCAUCCAGGAAACCACACGCACCUGAAAUGACCAUAAGACAGGAAGACAUCUUCAAUCCACCCUCCCGGAGAGAGAGACCGAUCAGGACAGUGAUGACCAAGGGAGUGGCUGGCAUUGGGAAAACCGUCCUGACACAGAAGUUCACUCUAGACUGGGCUGAGGGCAAGGCCAACCAGGACAUCCAGUUCUUGUUCCUGUUCACCUUUAAAGAGCUGAACGUGCUGAAAGACAAGAAGUGCUGCUUGGUGGAUCUUGUUCAUCAGUUCUUUAAUGAAACCAAAGAUGCAGGAUUCAGGAGGUUUAAGGAAGCCAAUGUUGUUUUUAUCUUUGACGGUCUGGAUGAGUGUCGACUUCCUCUGGACUUCCACAACAAUCAGAUCCUGACAGAUGUCACAGAGCCCGCCUCAGUGGAUGUGCUGCUGACAAACCUCAUCAAGGGGGACCUGCUUCCUUCUGCUCGCCUCUGGAUAACCACACGACCUGCAGCAGCCAAUCAGAUCCCUCCUGAGUGUGUUGACAUGGUGACAGAGGUCAAAGGGUUCACUGACCCUCAGAAGGAGGAGUACUUCAGGAAGAGAUUCAGAGAUAAGAAACAGGCUGGUAGAGCCAUCUCCCAAAUCAAGACGUCCCCGAGCCUCAACAUCAUGUGCCACAUCCCGGUCUUCUGCUGGAUCACUGCCACUGUCCUGGAGGACGUGUUCAACACCAGAGAGGGAGGAGAGCUGCCCAGGACCCUGACUGAGAUGUACAUCCACUUCCUGGUGGUUCAGACCAAACAGAAGAACAUAAAAUAUAACAAGGAAGCUGACAUGGAAUCACACUGGAACAAAACAAACAGAGAGGUGAUCAUGUCUUUGGGAAAACUGGCCUUUGAGCAGCUGCAGAAAGGAAACCUGAUCUUCUAUGAAUCAGACCUGACCGAAAGUGGCAUCAAUAUCAGAGAGACCUCCAUUACAUCAGGGGUGUUCACGCAGAUCUUUAAAGAGGAGAGAGGACUGCACCAAGAAAGGGUGUUCUGCUUCAUCCAUCUGAGUGUUCAGGAGUUUCUGGCUGCUCUUCAUGUCCACCUGACCUUCUUUGACUCAGGUGUUAAUCUGCUGUCCGCAGGACAAACUGCAUCUACCAAUACUCUGAUAUACAGAGCUGCAGAGACACAGUUCUACCAGAGCGCUGUGGAUGCAGCUCUCCUGAGUCCCAAUGGACACAUGGACUUGUUCCUCCGCUUCCUCUUGGGACUUUCACUUCAGACCAAUCAGACUCUUCUGCAAGGUCUGCUUACACAGACAGGAAGUUGUUUGGAGGUAAACCAGGAAACAGCCCAGUACAUCAAGAAGAAGAUCGGUGACAAUCUCUCCUCUGAGAAAAGCAUCAACAUGUUCCACUGUCUGAAUGAGCUGAAUGAUCGUUCUUUAGUGGAGGAGAUCCAACAGGCCCUGAGAUCAGGAAGGCUGUCUGCAGAUGAACUCUCUCCUGCUCAGUGGUCAGCUCUGGUCUUCAUCUUACUGUCAUCAGAGAAAGAUCUGGACAUGUUUGACCUGAAGAAAUACUCUGCCACAGAGGAGGCUUUUCUGAGGCUGCUGCCAGUAGUCAAAGUCUCCAACAAAGCUGUGUAAGUCGGCGGAUGUACUACAGAGUAAAAACCUUGCCAUCUUUGAAGAGGUGGAAAAAUGAUUUUCAUUCUCGCCUUUCUUUGCAGGCUGAGCAGCUGUAACCUCACAGAGAGAAGCUGUGAAGCCCUAUCCUCAGUCCUGAGCUGUCAGUCCUCCAGUCUCAGAGAUCUGGACCUGAGCAACAACAACCUCCAGGAUUCAGGAGUGAAGCUUCUGUCAGAGGGACUCAAGAGUCCACACUGCACCCUGGAAGUGAUCAGGUUAGGAUUCAAGACUGUUUUCUUCUGCUUAAAUCCUAGUUUACAGUAAAAGCUCGACUUGUCUCAUGCUGAAUACCAACAGAACAACAUCCUGUUGCUCCCUGUAGUGGCGAAAAAGUCACGUUUUACUUUAAUCAACUUUCUCCAUCAAUCUAAAACCGAAUGCAACACACUGAAAACAGACUGUUUUCCUCCUGCUUCCUAAAGAGAGGCACACAGUCUGAUAUGAUUAUUUUUCAGUUAUAGCCCAACAAAAAGAGUAAGAUAAUAACUAUUUUCAAUCUUAUUUUGCGUUAAUAUAACUGAAAAGGUUCGUGAAUAGCAAAGUAUGAGUUCUGGGUUUAUCUCUGUUCGCAUAUGUAUGAGUUAUUGUAAGUUUUUGCGCUGCAGCUUGAACAAAACCCGUUUGACAGGGAAAAAAUGUGGUUAAUGCACUUCUCAGCACCCUGCUGAGGUCAAAACAGGUGAACAGGUGUGUCUCAACUAUAUUGUCCGUAUUCAUACUUGCAGAACAUUUUUAAAGUGUUAUUGUUGCUGCUUUUACGCUCAUAUUUAAUGCAUUUUCUAAUACUGUAAUUUCCGUGUUACGGUGUUCCUGUCUCCCUUCAUGCGUAUUAGUGGUGCAACGGAUCAUCAUUGAUCCGUGAUCCGUUCGGAUCUACGUCAUCGGUUCGGCACACACGUGACCCGCGGUUCGAUUUCUGAAAAAAAAAUGUGGCUUCCCUGUCAACGAUGAUGAAGAAGGAAAGAGGUCAGUGGACAAAACUGCGAAGGUGUGUAGGCACUGUGGCAUAAGAAAGCCAUAUGACAGUGGAAACACAUCGAGCAUGUUCACGCAUUUGAAAGCGACAAUCCGACCGGGUUAAAGCUAUCACAAACGCUAUCGGUGUGUUUAUAGCUACAGACAUGAGGCCAUAUUCAGUUGUGCAAACGAGGGCUUUAAAAACAUGCUGAAAGUGCUUGAGCCACGUUACAACAUCCCACCGCGCACACACUUCAUUUUUGGUUCAUUGUUACAUUUUAAAGGAAGGAGAUAUGCCUAUAUAUUGCACUUUAAGUUGUUUUUCAUUAAUUAUUAUGUUGAAAAGAAGAUAUUAUGCCGUAUGCACUACUUUUAUAUAUUUUAAUUCAACCAUUUAAGUGUUUAAUAUACAGACAAAACUUAUGUUUAUUUGUCUUGUUUUUUUUUUUUUUUUUGCUUUUUGCUGAUCCGAAAAAUGAUCCGAUCCGUUACUCUUGAUCCGAGGAACGAUCCGAUCCGUGAGUGUUGUGAUCCGUUGCACCACUAAUGCGUAUGUGCUUCCAUGGUCACAUCAUAGAACUGUAAACUCUGGAUCAUUUCCUUAUCUAAAGUCUGCAGAAAUGCCCCCUUAUUAACAGCGAUUUAACAGUAGGACAGGCCUCAGCCCUUAUAAACUUAUCAGGAACUUGCCUGAAAGUCGGUGAGUGUGUGAGGGCAGACAUUGAGACUGGGCCAUUGUGCCUGCUGCCGUUCCCUUUAGGAGUGAGGUGCCCCUGCAGACAGCAGAUUUCAGCCUUUCUACUUGGAUGGAGAGGGCUGGAGCUGGCAUGUCUAACUUCUGUCUAUGAAUUGUGCCUCUUCAUACACAGAAACCACACUCAGACACAUAAAGAUCCCCCUGCAUGGAGGAGACAGACAUGGACUUGGCAGGAACAUAAACCAGAAUAACUUGUCAUGCAGACAAGCUUUAUUGAUAAGUAACAUCCCGUGCUCUUAGCAUCAGUAAAGGAAAGAAGUUAAAUUUGAUUUGUGAUUUGUGUCUCUUUGCUGGAUCACCAGACCUUUGUUUUGUUUGAUGAGAUUAGAUUAGAUGGAACUUAAUUGAUCCUUUUGGGAAGGUUCCCUCAGGAAAAAAUAACUGUUGGUAUUGUAUAUGCAAUGGCCCAUGCAGGGCUUAAGAUAUAAGGAGAUAAUAGAGCAGUAUCCAAGCCCUCUGACCAAAUAAAAAUGUAACUACACUCCAUCAACAAAAACACAGACAGCAUACCAUGAGUAGGAGCACUGCUGUGUGAAAGCACAUGGCACCUGUGGUGCUUUCAAUAGACAGAGCUCACAGUAUUCUGAACAAAGUUUCACACAAAUUGCACCAUUUUAGUAAAAAGAAUGUUAUUGAGUAAAUAUAAAAUCAUUCUUUUUUGUUUGUUACUGUUAGCAGGGAAAAUGUCCGUCAGUGACAAACAUAUCAGUUAUGAUAUAGUACUACUCAUGAUGGCAAGGAGACAUUUCUCCCACCACAGUCCCCUCGGCUGAUGUCUGGUUUAUUUGCAGGCUGUCCGGCUGUCGUAUCUCAGAAGAAGGUUGUAUCUCUCUGGCUUCAGCCCUGAAAUCCAACCCUACUCAUCUGAAAAAGCUGGACCUGAGCUACAAUCAUCCAGGAGACUUGGGUGUGAAGCUACUGUCUGCUGGACUCGAGAGCCGAGACUGGAAACUGGAUACUCUAAGGUAAGGGGGGACCUUGGGCAAGGGAGGUUAAGUUUUUAAAUCAGGCUGUCCCUGGUUGUCCUCGAUGUUUUCUUUUCACCAUCCUCUUUACCUAAGAAAGUACAGAGACCUCCUCCAUAAUCUGUGCUGAGAUGGUGUGUAUUGGUGCACUGUUCAGAACUGAGAGGCCCAUUGUGAGUUUGAGCUCCAGUGGCUCUUUUCACAAACUUGAAACAAAUCAACCAGAAAAUCCCCUCUGGGAAAUUUUGACAGGGCCACUGGGGCUACUGUCAGGGAGUGUACAUUUUAAUAUGCUUUAAACAUUUCAAACAAUUAAUGCUAGUACCAUUGUGACAAGGACCACAACCACAACCAGCAUCACUGUUUCAAGAAUUUAUUUAUACCAAAAAGAAAAAAGAAAAAAAAGAUGACUUUGCUGGAGAAGUGGAUAAUUAAGAAACUCGAAUAAUUGCUCAUUUUUUUUGGUGGUGGUGGUGGAGAUUUUUUCUGCAAUACAUGUACAAUAGAGAAGAGUAAUGGCACACCAUCCUGAUCAAACAGUUUGUUUUGAUUUAUACUUUGUCCUACAACUCUUCAAGCUAUAGGGGCGAGCUAAAAACACACAGACCAAAACAAAAACAACCUGUGCAGAGUUCUCAGACAUCUCUACAGCAAUGGAUCUCAAAGUGGUCCUGCUUUGCAGGAUAUUUAUCUGAAUGUAGUUCUUGCACAUCUUGAAAGCUACAUUUGAUAUACAAUAAGUCAAAAAUCCAAACUGAGACAUUCAUUUCUUUGUGGGGGUGAACCAGCUUUUGUGCCUAGUGGUGAGGUGAGUUUGUUCGACGCUAAAAAUCUAUGUGCUGGUCUGAUCCUGUCCUCCAUUCAGAUUGGAGCCUGGUGGAGUCAAGUGGAUGAAACCUGGUCUGAGGAAGUGUAAGUGUGUUUUUGAUUUGACAAAAAUCUAAUGUUAGUCAGAUCUCUGAUAUCAUGAAUGCAUCAGCUGAUGACGACUGUGGCUCAUCAGUGUCUCUUUUUCUCCAUCAGAUUCCUGUGAGCUCUCUUUGGACACAAACACCGUGAACAGGAACAUUAAACUAUCUGAUGAAGACACAAAGUGGACAUAUUUGGAGGAGGAACAGCCAUACCCUGAUCAUGCAGACAGGUUUGACAAGUGGCCUCAGGUGCUGUGCAAAAAUGAACUGACAGGUCGUGGUUACUGGGAGGUAGAGUGGAGCGGGCUGGCGUAUGUAUCAGUGAGCUACAGAGGACUCAGCAAAACAGGGGACAUGUUCGACAGCAGGUUUGGGAGGAAUGACAUGUCCUGGAGUUUGGAGUGCUCUGAGGAUGGUUACUGUUUCUGGCACAAUAACAAAGCCACGUACAUCUCCUCAUCCUCCUGCUCCUCCUCUAACAGAGUAGCAGUGUACGUGGAUUGUCCUGCUGGCACUCUGUCCUUUUUCAGCAUCUCAUGUGACAAACUGAUCAACCUCCACACCACCAAAACCACCUUCUCUGAACCUCUGUACCCCGGGUUUGGGAUAGGUUUCUGGUCUAACAGGUUUGGAUCUACAAUGUCUCUUUGUCGUCUGCAGGAGGAGGGAGAUUCUCCCUCAUCUGACAUGUUUUGACGACUGUCUAGAGACAUUCCAUGUGCACAGGAUCAUGAAUCUGGUUUUAGCCAGACCUGGUCUAAAAAAGCAACAUUAAAAAAUGGAAGAAAUAUCUGGAGAUGCAUAAAUGGUUCUCUGCAGGAAAAUGGUGGUUGCUCCAUUUGGGUGGAAAUUGAGUCUUUGCUCCAGAUGAAAGGGUUCAAGUAUCUUGGGGUUUUGGUCACCAGCAAGGGAAAACUGAUUAUGAGAUAUUAUGGGUAGAGACCUUAGGGUAGGCUUAGAACUCACUGGAAGGAUUAUAUAUCUGGCCUGGCCCUGAGCCUUGGGAUCCUGGAGAAGGAGCUUGAAAGUUUUCAUGAUGAGAGGGCAAUCUGACGUCUUGCAGUUUGUGUCCAUACAGUUCCUUUGUUGAGUUUUGCUGUUGAGGUGUCCUCAUGGAGAGGAUGUGUUUAGCUGAGCAGGUAACUGCAUGUUUACCUGCUCUGAGCUCUUCUGCUGCAGGAGAUGCUUGUUAGACUCUAGCAAUGACAGAGAAGCACAUUUUUGGGUCAGUUUACCUCUGCUGAGUGUUACUAUUGAUAAGAUAUGUACUAAUUUUACUUUAAUCACUUUAUUUGUUAGGGACUGUUCAUGUUAUGAUGUGGCCCCAGUGUUAUUUUUAACUUAAAGGGAUAUUCCGGUAAUGCACCCAUCUAGCGCUUAUAGGUCUUCUAGCCAUUCUUGGAUGGCCUUUUAAAAAGAGGCACUUUGGACUCUAAAAUAUACAUAAAAACAAAGCAGAUAAUGGAAGGGACCCUGUUAUAAUACAUCAUGGGAAUUUGUGUUUGUGGCCUAAUAGAGAAACCAAACCUGGUUUUGCCCUUGGUCAGGCUUUAAAUAACCGAUGCAACAAAACAAUAUCACUAUCUAUAUUUUUGAAGAUGACUGCAACUAUGGAAAAAGUGUUAAUUUGUAACCACACAUAUUUACUUAAAUUAUUUUUAAUUUUUAAUUUUAAGUUGUUUUUUCCCCAAAAUGAAUAAUAAGAUAAGACACGUGACUCUAAAGUAGAAAUCUCAGACUGCUUCUCUCUUUCUAAGGAGGCAGGUGUGAAAAUAGUUCAUCUCUUGAAUGUAUUUUUUUUGGUCUAAAAACACAUUUGAGCGUCAGCUCUACAGGGUUUAUUUUCCUUAUUACAUUUUUCCAAAUGGGUGUUUAAAAAAUAACUAAUAACUAAAUAUAUACACCUGAGCGUGCUCUUAGUCUUGUUCUUAGUUGUGCACAUCGCAUCAUAAAUAUGUUGCUAUUAUCAUAUUGUAAUACUGAAUUAUUUUUUCAGGUACAUUUUUUAAAUGCCCAAACUUAGUAUCUGUGAUGAUGAAGAGAUUUUGAUGCUCUAACUUUUAUUGGGACCCAUGUCCUCUCAAAUCACUACCUCUGUGUCCUGAUGGCUCUCUACAAAGAGAAGUUUUCAACUUCAGUGAAGUUGGUUCUUGUGAACCUCUGCAGGCAUUUCAUCUGCUCCAUCAAAACAGCUAGCAACUGUCUUCACGUAAGUGCAAUUACAACCUAUCUGCUUCCUUUUAAGAUACUUGUCAUUUAGUUUUCUUGUUGUUCUGUUUUGUUAAUCGUGAAAAUUGUUACAUUUCAUAUCAUUGAAUAUUCUUCGUGUUUCUAAAUGUAAUAUAUAUUUACUUUGGCUGAAUUUGAUGAUCCACAAUGUGAGUAACGGGGAGCUUCCAGCAUUCUCAGCCAUUUCCCUUAAGUGCCACAAAUCUGUAUCUGUAGUCUCUGUUAAAAUCAGACAAGCCAUGUCCGCACUUUUCUCAUUGCUCUUUUAAUCCCAAAAAUAAGCUCAUUGUCUCAUCUGUGUGAUCAUGAGGUUGGAUCUAAUGAUGAAACAUUCAGGAAAGGUCUGCUUGUGAGUGUUUUCCCAAACAAGUGGCUUGUUGAUGUCCAUUAUUUCUGUUACAACUUUCAGGUCACAAUAUUGUCUUUUUUUCUGUUUCUUUUACAAUAAAGACAUACGAUACUCCAUUAAGUGUGUGUUGCUCAUGUCCAUGAUCUAGAUUAGAUCCCUUCUCCUCGAUCAGGCCACAUCACCUCUUUGUUUUCAAGCAUGUGUUUAAGUUAGAACACAAAGGAAAUGCAGGCGCAGGUCACCUUUUUUUCACCUUUUUAUGAAGUUUUUUGUUAGUGAGGAAGGUUAGUCAUUGUAUUUUAGUUUCUGUGUUUUCAGGUUAGUCACUGUAUUAACUUAUCAUUUUUAUCAGCUCACAAAACAGUAAAAGCAGUACAGAUGAGCACAGCGUUGGAUUUCAGUAACAGGCAAACCCCCAUCAGGAGAGCUGAAAAUUCUGUCCUCUCUGAGGUACAGUGAACUAUUUAGGGCCACAGAAAGUGUCAUUUUGACCUCAAAUUAAAGAUCACAUAUUUGGGAAGUUUUUAAAAUCCAAACACAGCACUCACUUGACCAUGAAUAUUAAAAAGCACCAUUUCUUGAGAGACUUCAUGGAUUGAACAUUGAUUUUAUUGCUUUUUGAUGAAUUUUUUUUAAAUGAUAAGAAUGUAGGAGCAGCCAGCACCAGAAUCUUAGUAUAUGAUUUUUCACUGAGUUUCAGGAUACUUCAUGCCAAAUUUCACACUUGUUUGACAGGAAGGGCCACAGUCACCGCUUAUUUUCAGGAUUAACAUAAUCAUGCCAGAAGCACUUUCCAAAACAAGGGUUUUUGGACCCAUGAAGCCAAACGGCCCCUAGUUAAGAGGAUAGACUGUAUAUAAUGUAUAUACAGGGCAUCCAGAAAGUAUUCAUACCACUUCACUUGUGUCAUGUCAACAUGUUGAAAAGGUAUGUUGCCAGUGCUCAAACUGUUGUGCCGUCCGACACCGCUGCACAACGUGCCUCUCCUGUGGUGUCUGUGGCUUCUCCCCUUACGGCUUCAGGUGCUUUAUUGCUUCGCUGUUCUGUCCUGCUGUCCUGGCUCUGACAGCGAGGAGCCGGUCGCCGUGUAAAGGGACAUGAGCACGAAUAAACUGUAGUCGGUCUGCACGCCGGCUGGACUGGACCAGUGUAUGCAUGGUGCGCUGACGUUACCAGCCCAAUUAUAAGGAAUAGUUUUAAGGAGUGACAGUGUUACUGUGGGGGUCACUCUUAUUCUUAUUAGUUAAUUCAUUUCGGGUUUUUUUCUUUAUUUGGUUUCCAAGUUUUCUUUUAUUAAUGAGCUUAUUGUCCUUCUUUGGUUAAUUGGUAUGUUUUGAUUAAUUAAGGAAUAUCUUCCUUUUCUACUUUAAGUAUUGUUUUCUUUUUGUGUGUUCUAAUUUGGUUUUUCAUGAGUUGGCAGCAUAGAUGUGUUUUGCCCAAGCUAAUUCGUGGCUGCUACCCAUAUUAUUAGUAUAGUUUAUUAUUUUGUGCCGGUAUCUUUCGUCCCUUUCAGUUGCUGAGAGCUUGCGGUGGUGGUUCCUGGUGUCCUGGUGGUGGUUUCCCUCAUAGUGUGCCAUUUAUCCCCUGUUUUUUUUUUGUUAUUCUCACCGAGUGAGUGUUGUAUGAUUGCCACGUGUGAUUGGGGUGCCUUUUCUUCUUUGGGAUCCCCCACACCCCGUUCUUAGAUUCAUUCUCCAUUCGGUAAGCCUCAGCACCUGAAAAAAGGCUCCCUCCCCCCUGUGUGUGUGUGUGUGUGUGUGUGUGUGCCAUGGUUUUAUUGAUAAUUAAAAAUGUUUAAAUAUAUGUCCGCAUUUUGUAAGAUUGGAACCACGUCUCCUGCUCUCUAUUCACAGUAAACGAACCUGAGUGCCUUAAAAACUAAUUCCCGCAAAACUAAUUCUUUGGGCGAAAUUCCCAAAGUGGCGUUGUUGGUUGUCCUUAACAAUUCAAAUUAAAAUCUGUCUUAUUUCACCCUCGAGUUGCCACAUUUGCAUGGAUUAAAUGCGUCCCACGAAUCAGCAGUCCCUUUUUAAUAAACUUAAGAAAGCUUGGAAUGCAAUCCCUAGAACAUACCUUAAAAAACUUGUGGAACGAAUGCCUGGUAUAUGCCAAGCUGUUGUUAAAGCCAGAGGUUACUUUAAAGAAAGCAAAGUCUAAGCAACAAUAACUGAUAAGUUACUCUUUACACAAUAGUCAUGUUUAUUGUGUUGCAAAUUAUAAACAUGAAACUAUGAUCUUUUUUUUGUACAAAUCUGAUCUUGCUUCCAAACCUUUGGCCUGUAGUGUACACUAAUGGAUACAACCACAAAUAAAUAUGGAAACCAAACAUUAAACAACCCCCCACCCACAUCCCACCCACAGCUCAACACGACCAACACACCUAUUACAGGUUGUUCACACAAUACACAAGACAGCAAUAACAGGUACACAUUCAAUCAGGUAGCACCUCUAAAUCAGUGAAAUAGGAAAUAAAGGGUUGCCAUUUAAAGAAAAAUUUGGCUGUGCAUCCUCUCAAGGUGUAUUUGAUUUUUUUCAAGCUUUAAGAAAAACAUGGUGUCUAUGAGCUACCAGGAGACAGAAGGAUAUUUAGCAGACUUCAAAUGCAGCAAUAAGGAACGUCUUGCUAAUAAAGAAGUGAAAGCUGUAAUGUCCUUUUGCACAGAGUUCAACACGAGUGAGGGGUUAGGAAUCCCAAAUAUAGCAAUCAGAGGACAAGGUUGAAGAUUUACACCGAGAACAGUGGACAUAACCUCAAAAUAACCAGUCCAGAAACAUUCCAGAUCUGGAAAGAGAAAAAACAUGUAGCUAUGGUGGCAAGGUAAACCAUGACAUUUAUCACAUCUGUCCUCCACUUCUGGAUGAAGUUCAGAAAGUCUUGAUUUAGAGAAAUGUGCCUUGUAAAGGACCUUAAAUUGAAUAAGUGCAAGACGAGCACAUGAGAAGGAAGAAUGUAUCCUGUCUAUGGCCUGCCCCCAGGACUCAUCAUGGAUUUGCGUACCUAGUUUGCUCUCCCACGUACACUUAAAUUUAGUAUCAGAAUGAUUGUCAAAAGCCAAGAUAUUACCAUACAGCUUUGAAAUGAUCCCUCUGUGAUGAGGAGUAAAUGAAAGCAUGCUUUCCCACUGUUGUUCUGGAGGUAAAGAGGGAAAAUCAGGGAAACUCUUUGCCACAAAUGUACGAAUUUGGAAAUAGUGAAACAGAUGAGUAGCUGGGAGCAAUCAAAGACGCCAUUUACAUACAGAUGUCUAAAUUGUUUAAUGCCUUUGUCAUGCCACAUUGAAAAUACAGAGUCUGAAAUUGAUGGAAGAAAUAAAUGGUUGCCUUUAAGGGGAGUCAAGGAAGAUGCAGCCACAAAUUUGAAGUGCCGUCUGAGCUGAUACCAGAUCUUGAGAGUGUUAAGAACUACUCAACUAUCGGUAUAUAUAUAGAGAUUCACAGGCAAAGAGGAAUAGAGAAGAGCAGGAAUAGAAGAUCCCCUGCAGGAUGAAAGUUCCAAUCUACACCAAGAAACUCCAGAAGAUUUCAACCAAUAGCAGAGUUUAUGGAUGUGAGAAGCCCAAUAAUAAUAUAGAAAGUUAGGUAGUGCAAGUUCUCCGCUAAGUCUGCACCUCUGAAGUAAAGUUUUUCGAACCCUGGGAGAUUUCCCAGUAGCUGUUGAAGAUGACAUGCAGCAGCAUUAAUGGGAAAACAUUGACUCUUCCCCAAAUUGAAUUUAUAACCCGAAAAGGUGCCAAAGUUCUCCAGAAUACUCAAAACAGCAGGGAUAGAAAGUGCAGGGUCAGAAAUAUAUAAUAAAAAAUCAUCCGCAUACAAUGAUAAUUUGUGUACAAUCCCAUUACGGGCGAUGCCUUUGAAUAAAGGCGAGGAUCUUUACGUAAUAGACAGAGGCUCGAUAGCGAUGGCGAAAAGCAGAGGCAACAGAGGACAACCCUGACAAGUACCACGUCCAAGGCCAAAAUAAACUAAGUAAACGUCAUUAGUAUGGGCACUAGCCAUACAGUAGGGGAUGAAUAAAGGAGGCAAAUCCAAGAAAUAAAUUCAUCACCGAAACCGAAUCUUUUCAAAACAGCAAACAAGUACUCCCACUCUACCCUAUCAAACGCCUUUUCGGCAUCUGUAGAAAACACAAGUUCAGCCGAAUUUCUUGAAUAAAUUAUGUUGAAAAGUGUACAGGUAUUAAAGAACAAUUGACAACCCUUAAUAAAACCAUUCUGCUCCUCUGAGAUAAUAUGAGGAAGCACAUUCUCCAAACGGGAUACAAUUACUUUAGCCAACACCUUUACAUCAGCAUUAAGCAGGGACAACGGCCUAUAGGAACCACAGCUGGUCGGAUCCUUGUCUUUAUUGAGAAGGAGAGCAAUAGUGGCUUGUGUCAAGGUUGGUGGUAAAGAAUGUCGUGGAAGUUUUUCCUGUUGCUGCUGGUGAAGAAUGAAAUAGAGACUUCUGCCGGCUGACAAGGUUUUAUUUUCUUUGCAAAGAAAAGGUCAAUCUGCAUCCAAGCGGUCAGAAUCCAGAAAGACCCAGAACAUGGGUAAACAUGAACAUUUAUGCUUGAGGACCGCCCCUCAGAGGGCAAGGUAUGGGGCUUUGAUGUUGGCAUCUUUUGUUUUCUGUGGGGACCGUCACUCCACCCCUCCCGGGGUGAUGAUGGGGAUGUUUCACACCUGGAGUAUCCUGCAGGAUGUUGUAUCUUGCUGGGAAAUAAGGAAGUCUAGACAUCAUAAUUAACUGAUAUGUUGGUAGGAAAGUCUGUUGUGGGGAACCUCAAGCAGUUCUAACAAAGAUAUUAAAAUUACAAUAACAAGAAUCACUGUCUAGGGAUUCAUUGAAUACAGAUAACAGUAGAGGUGCUAAUUCAUCAAUAAAUGUUUUGAAAAAUUCAAUUGGAAACCCGUCAGGGCCUGGGGCUUUAUUAGACUGCAAUGCCCUAAUUGCGUUUGAUACUUCUCCAAGGGAGAGCGGGGAGUCCAGACGUGCGGCAGUAUCAGCAUCAAUAACAGGAUUCGAUAGGUUCUGAAGAAAAUCAUACAUUUUAGCAACAUCCGUGGGAAAUUCUGAUUUAUGCAAUGAAGAGUAAAAAGAUUUAAAAACAGCAUUAAUCUCCAAAGGAUCUGUUGUAAUAGAAUCACAAGUAUCCUUAAUAGCAGGUAUCAAACGGGAAGUUGCCUGUCGACGCAACUGAUGUGCCAAUAAACGACUAGCCUUGUCACCAUGCUCAUAAUAUGAACCACGACUACAUAUUAUCAAGUGCUCUGCCUCUUCAGUGAAAAAAUUUUGCUUGCAAAUCAAAACAUUGCU